AUGUUGCAUUGUGUUGAACGACUGGGUCAACUGUGGUGUACCGAUAAGCAAGUCAUAGUGCGACUGCUGUGUAGCCCUUAUGCAGAAUAUUGUAUGCAGAAAAGGAUGAGGCGAAGAACACUUACCCCACCACCGUGGGUACCAAAAAAGGAAGAAAAUAUUGUUGAACCAAUUGAAUCCAGUACGCGAGUUUUACUUCAACAGUUUAUUAAGCUGGAGAGGAAAGUGCAUGUAUCGAUCACGCGAACAAAUCCGCAUAUGUCUUUCAAGACUCCAUUAUGUAAAAUACCUCAAGGAACUAAUCUACCGGAAUGGACGCCGGAAUCGAAUCGUAUUGGAAUGCUGGCCAGAAAAAUUGGAAUGUUUCCUCAGUGGGCUGUGGAUGGGACCCGUUUUCUUUGCACAUUACUAGAGUUUCCCAAGAAUCUCGUCAUCUCAGCAAUUGAUCCUGAAACAUACUAUCGAAUAAGCAUGGUGGGAAGGCGAAAAGCAUAUGGUCGCUAUGGUGCUCGAUGGCGAGUCACGGUUGGAGCCGUAGAUGGUGAUCCGACAAAAUUUACUGCACGAUAUCGUGCUACUUUUGAGCGACAUGGUUUUCCUGUUAAAAAACACAUAGCAUCGUUUUUGGUUACUGAGGAUGCAGUGGUGCAGCCAGGAACAGAGUUGCAUGUGUGCCAUUUUAAAGUUGGCCAGUACAUAACUAUUACGGGGCAUACUAUUGAUUGGGGUUUCCAGGGCGGAAUGCACAGAUGGGGAUUCAAAGGAAUGCCUGCUCGAGGGACUACAAAAUCUCAUCGUCGUAUCGGUGCCAUCGGUUCAAAAGGCGAUGCCCGGGUAAGGCCUGGGAAACGAAUGCCCGGUCAUAUGGGUUACGAAUGGCGGUCCAUCCCAGGCCUUGAAGUGUUGAGGAUUAAUCCUGAAAAACAGGUAAUGUAUGUUAAUGGAUCGGUACCGGGUGAAACAGGGGAAAUAUUACUCAUCAAGGACUGUUAUCACGAUGAAAAGAAAGUGCAAUAUCCACAUUUCCCUACUUUUUCUUAUGAAAAGGAUUUUGAAGCUGAAACAAAUUGUAAUGAUGAUCCUUAUUCACCAUUCGUUUAUGAAGAUGGUGAAUUUUUCGCUCGGCGGUUAUUUAGGAUGACGAUGCCUUCAAUAGUUUUCACAGAACCUGAAAAUUUCAAAACUACAAAAAGAGAUAAAACAAAAGCAAAAACAGCCAAGGUCAAGAAAUAA